AUGAAGAUCAUGUAGUUUCUGCGUGUCACUUUUUGAAAGGGUCCCAUACUGUUGCCAGUGAGCUUUGUUUCGAUUGGAGUACUGACUUGGUUACAGCGAUUGGAUUCACAACCCCUUUAUUAGCUGGGCUAUUAUCAUUGUCGAGUGUACAUUGUGACGCAACUUACAAAACGGCCAAAGGACGCUUCGAACUCUAUGGGAUUAUCAGUAACGUUGAGAGUGCAGGAUUUCCAGUAGCAUAUCUCAUUUUGAACACUACGAAGCUUUGUCUGUGGCAUAUUGAGAAGGCUAUCAAGGAAAAGCUUAAGAGUCACAAGCGAAUUCAUCGCAAUCAAUACCAACCAGAUGAAGCUGUAACAGAGUUUGAUUUUAUUGAUCCCACUUUCAAGCCUGAUCUGGAACGUAUUGAGCCCGAAAAGCAUUUUAAUAUGUACUCAAAAAUCCCUAUCAAUGCUGCUGGAUGGUUCCUAACAGCUGACGAAAUUCGAAAGAGUGCAGUUCACGAAAUGUAUGAUUUUUGUGCUGAAAAUGACCUUGUUUUGCUCUGGGCAUACUUGUGGUCUGCUUGGUACAAAAUGCCAAAGUGA